AUGACGACCAAGCUUGGUGAACGGCUCGAGGAGCUGGCGGCCUUCCUGGCGCACGCACAUGCAGUGGACAGCGUAGAAGAGACGCUCGGUCAUCUGCAGACGGAGGUGGCAUAUGCUAUGGCUCGCUCGCGGGCUUCGGCGCAGCAGUGCACCAUUCUUUUGUUCCAAAGCACGGAGCCAAUGAGUCUGGUGCGCUUCCUGAGCGCCAGCGCUGACUUUGCGGACGAUGCACGCAAGCGUGAGAUCUCUGCAGCUAGAAGUGGCGUGCUGGAGCUUCUGGCAGCCUUCCUUAAGACAUACGGAGCGCAUCGUGCGCUCACCAAGCAGCAUGUGGUCGACUUGUACAAGGCAUGCCAACAGACAGCGCGGGCAGACCCGUUCAAUCGAGUCAAGGGCCAUGCAUUGACUGUGGUGGUGAACGUGCUCAAAUACGCAGACAAGCGCGUCACUAGCGAUGAUAUAGAGCCCCGAGCGUAUGUGGAGAAGCUGUUUUAUGACAUCAAGUUCUCCAAGGCGACGCAGACGGCCAAAGGACAGAUGCUGGAGGUGAUUGGCUACUUAAUAGAGAAGUUUCCUAACGAGGUGGACGAGAAUGUGCCGAUGCUGCUAAGUUGGAUAGAAAACGAGUUGGAGAAACAGUUCGCGAGCCAUUCGCCCGAGAUGAUGAUGGUAAAUGGACUGCUAUUUGCAUUGGCUCGGCUUUUGGAUCGCGAUACAGGGAGAUACAAGCGGGAAGACGCCCUGCGGAAGAAGAUUUACUCAUACUUGCUCACGGUGUUUGCAACGACAGUUAGUGGCAAUUUGUCGCGCUACCAGGUGACGAACUCGUCUGAAACUUUUCUAGCAAGACACGCGCAGAUAUUCCAGCAAGAGAUCGGUCCAAAUGGCUACGUGUGGUUUUCGUACAUGAAGUUUUGCUGCCAGAGUGAGAACAAAACGAUCAAAGAGCAUGCGUUUGUAUGCUCGAAUGCGAUUCUGCAGGUGCUAAAUAAAUAUCUGGCGGACGCAAAGGACGACCAGCGCAAGAAAUGUCUGAACAAGAUUCUAAAAGAAAUUCUGCCGACUGUGAGCGACUCUGCGGCUGGCACGUCGAUGACGGCCUUCGCAGUGCAAUGCCUUGGUUGGCUUUCGACAUCGAUCUACGUCUAUCUGGGGGCGAAAGGUUAUGGGAAGAUCGAAGACAAACUGAGAACGUUUGGCGAGUCCCUCUUGGCGUUGGAUACAAAAGCGACAGCGUGGAGGUGGCCUCUGUUCUCUCAGUACGUUCAAUGCAUUGGACGGUUCGUGCAAGAAUUUUUGGGGGAUAUGCUGUGUCAUGUCAUGACAGCUUAUCCCCAGUGUCUUUGGAGGUCAAAAGUGGUGGUACACAAGUCGAUUGCGGCCGUCUUUGCCGCUUUAUCAUGCUGGACAGUGAUAGACCCUCUUGUAGAUCGCUUUGUCCUUCACACGCUGAUGCUGAGCAUUUCGAACGUCACUGGGUCAGAAGUGGUUCUCUAUCAUCCGGAUACGGGGGAGCUUGUGACAAAUCUUUUAUACGAAUAUGAAGGCUUCUGGUUAGCCUUACUUCGUCGUCAUUCAGGAACGACUAUGGAGCCAACAACUGCACCGAGGACUAGUGGAAGCGAAGAUGUUGAGAUGAAGGAGGCCUCGAUUGUUGGAAGAACGCUUCAUGCAACCUUCUUCGACUCUACUGUCAAGCAUGUUCUUGGCAUUAUCAGUCAGCUCAACCUUUCGUAUCAGUUUGAUCUGCAGACAACAAACAACGGGAAGAAUGCGACGGGGUACCUGCCUACCGUGCCUCGCGAUCACUCGAUCAUGCUUAAUAUGACCGAGUUUGUUGAGAGGGUCCUCGGUCAAGCACUGAGACCGCUUUUGCGUCCCUGGAUACCCCUGAUCAUGCAGCAGGUCAUUUCUUCGGCUUCAAAACUACCGCUCGUGUCGAGUUUUUAUCGAAUUGGAGCUGUAGUGGCUAAAGCAAUGGAUGAUCGGAAGUUCUUCGACUCACCAGAAACUACUGACGAUCAGCAGUCCCGCUUCCGCGAGGAUUAUAAGGCUUUCGUCCAGCGGGUGUGUGUUCAAGCCCGGUUUUACCAGGACGAACUCCUUUUGACGUGCUCUGAGUUUGUUUUGGCGGCUCCCAUAGAAGUGGUAGCCGUCCAGGACAUGGUUGGCAUAGUCCGGUCAAUAUUGGACCUUGGCCGAUCCUAUCUCCCCGCGGCCGUCGUCGCUGUCACGGCAUUGGAACGUUGGCAAAGACAGUGCCCAGACGAUCUGGAAGGCAUGAUCUCGGAAGUUAUCCCUCUACUCUCGGCAUAUCUCGACCAAGAAGCGCUCAGCGAUGAAGAUUUAUCGCUUGUGAAAGCGAAUGGAAAAGGCGUGAUGAAUGUCUCGUCUAAUCAAGCAUCCGACCUCGCUCAGCUGCAACGUCGUAUCCUACUACUUCUGGGCAAGUGUGGCGGCAAGAUUUCGCUAUUAAUGAGUGAGCCUCCUACCGUGAUCAACGCUAGUGGCAGCAUGGGAAGCAUUUCCUCGCCCUUCUUCCGAUUGGAGCUUGAACUAAGCGAGGUGUCGUUGUCGCUAGCGAUGGAUCCCAUUUUAUCUCAUCUCGGUCUCUUGGCAACGCACAGCUCUGUGCGGCGGGUGAAAGCCAAUGCAAGUGAAGGCUACCACGCCUUGGUGUGUUAUCUGUGUGGGAAGACAGCGACGCAUCCACAUGCAGCUGGAAAGAGAACGGUGUUUUAUGGAAUGUGGCGUGGAGUAUUUGCGCGUAUCGUACGGCUUGCUACAGACCCGGAGAAGAUCUGCAGAUCUCUUUUCGAGCCGCUGCUCUUCCAGUUGCUUCGCUGGCUGGCUGCAAAUAGUGACACGUUCCCGUUUGAGUAUUCGAGCAUGUUAGACGAGCUCACGCGGAGCUUGUCCGACCCAGAGACUGCUGUUCGAACGAUGUCUGCUCGAUGUAUCGCACUAUUUCUCUCGCUGGCUCUUGAAGAUUCGAAAGCGCGCACAAAGGCCGACAACAUUUUGGAGCGAGUUUUCUCGCUCUGUCGCCACCCGGGAGCUGUGCAACGUAGCGGAGCUGCAGCCUCCAUCAGCUACUUUCUUCGAACUUUGAAGGAAGAAGACGGAGAAGUAUUGACGCGGUUUGCGCUGCCGUGCUUGAAGAACCUUCUCUAUGCCUUACGCUUAUGUGACAGCGACGUUCGAAACAAGGUCGGGGGAGUUGAUAUUUCGCGAGAUGUGAUUUCGAAAGCCGUGCUGAAGAUUGAACGCGGCAUCUGUCGCUUUCCUCAGCUCUUUACGAAAGGAAGUUCCACCGCUCGUAACGUUGAUGACGACUCAAUUCUUCAGCAGACGACACUAUGGCUGUUCCAGCAGACUGGUGCGCGCGAGGUCUUGUUUCGUCGUCUGUGUCGACGUUUGUUUCUGUCUUUUAGCGCGCUGAUCAGCAAGUCGAGCCCUGAGUGGAUCGAGAGCUAUGCUUCGACUCACGGCAGUGAAUCGAUUAUUGCUGUGCUGGUUCCGAUGCGCCCACUCGCUCAUACAAACAUUACGGUGGAAUGGAUGGAGCAGUUGUCUGCGUCGAUUGAGAGCUACGUGUGGUGCUUAGAGCUGCUGGACGACAAAGCUCAAGGCAUUUUAGACAAUCCUCGGCAAGGUAGCAUGAAGCGCAAGCAUUCUGCUGCAGUUAGUGACCAACAAGAGGCCAGUUGCCAGCAGACGCUGUCAUGGGCUAUUGCGAUUUUCUUGAAGAUCGAUGGGCCUUGGGAGGAUUCGUCGAAACGUAUACAUUGGACUGGGGCAUAUCUCUCCGUCUUGACUUCGUUAUGCAGUUGUGUCAAGGCAUUUAUGAACAAUGGCAGCGUGGUGCUACGUGAAGCUGCAGAUAUAGACAACCAGCUGUUUCGAAGUACUGUAGCCGAGAAGCUUCUCCAGGCACUGCUCCAUUGCACAGAUACUCAGGCUCUUGAUGCAAGUUCGUUUGACGCGAUCGAGGACUUUUGUUGUGGUGUGACCGCGCGGAGUCCGGACUGGGCUCACCAACUGCAGGAAACGGUCGAUUCGAUGCUAUCGAGGCUGCAAGUGUGCCUCACGCAAGUGAACAGCAGCGAAACGUUUGUCAAACAUUCAACAACUAUCACGUCGCUGUCUUUCUUCGGGAGCAAGGUAUUAAGUGCUGGCAUCAUCAGCUUCCCUGUGGCAGAUAAAUACGCAGAAAUCUUCGCCCUGGUAGCCAGCAAGGCGAUUGAGUAUGGACAUGGCUCACCUCACGACCGCCUUAUUGCCAUUGCAGCACUGAAGGCUGCAGCUGCAUGUGGCUGGAAGAUCACUGAAAUAUUUAUUAAUCCUGCCGAUCGACAGGUGUAUGGAUCACUAUACAGUGACGUGACGCACUUCAUGCCCACACUUGCAGUGUGGAACAGGUGCGCAAGCGAGCUGGUUUCUCUGUCUUUGGAGAACGACUUCGUCGUCAACGUGCUGGUCGAUGUUCUACGCCAAGUGACUAGCUUCAAAGUCUACCCGUCCAGGUCGGCGGACUGGGAUGCGUUUACUAAGACGCUAGUGGCAAAUGUCAAGCAGUUUGUCACCAACUUGGAAGCUGUCAAAGCGGAUACCCAACGCGCUUUGUCGCUCUUGCAAGUUCUCCGGUACUUUUUGGAGUUAUGCCAACAUUGUUCUGAAACUCUCGUCGAGGCGCUGCGGAUGGGACCUAUUCCCGAUAUCCAGAACGCCAUCACUGUGCUACUCAAACAACGAGGAUGUAGCUACUUGGUGAAAGCUGAAAUCCUGCGAAUGCUGGCGAUGCUGGGACCUAGCUCGACUCUAGUUCCCAAGGAGAAGCAAGCGUCAAAAGCGACGCUAAACGCUCUGGUUGCGUUUGUUUUCGACGAGUUUCCGAUCGUUUCAGUCGAUGUCUCGCAUGGUUCGAAGGAAUUUGACGUGUUCUAUUUGUUGUUCUCUGAGCUUCUGGGUGUCAUCGAGAGGAGUACCUCAAUAGCCUACCUCAAGAUCAUCUACCCAAGUCUGAAGGAGGCAGAGAAGCAUCUUUUUCGUACUGAAAUCAAGCAAAUGCUUGCAAGGUUUUCGGUCUCGGUCGGCAGUGUACAGACUGGGGGGACAAGAAGCGGUGACAGGAUACGGAACCAGCUGGCGGAGCUGCUGGAUGUGUUGCUAGACCCCUCGCUGGAUGUUACAGUUCGCAAAACGCUUCUGGAAGAAGUGUUUACGCCCUUGAUUGAGUGUCAGACUGGAGAAACAUUGCUGCAGUUCUAUUUGAUGGAAAGUCUCUCGAAGAAGUCGACCAUUAUCAGCUUACUCGCGACUCUGAUUUCAACCGCAGCUGAGUCUUCCUCCCCGGGAAGUCGAAUUGGUGUGUUUGUGGCGUUCUCGCUAGUGGAGAUUCUGUAUCGGCUGAUAGACCCCGAGAUUGUUCGGACGGAGAUCAAUUCCGCUUUUCUGGGUCACAAGAAUGGAAAAGGACGGGAGUUUACGAUGCUCGUGUGCAAGUGUGCAAGUAAAGUGGUCACGAAGACACAUGGAGAUGUCGACGACCUCGUCCGCUUGGCAUGUUGUGCAGCUUACAAUUGUCUUCUCACUGCUGUCUCUCGGACGCAAAAGCAGGAAAAGUUCUUUGAUCAGAUCUUGUUCCAGCCAGCUCUCUGGAGCAAUAUCCUGGAUCUCUCACGGGAGUACGAGCUACCUGCCGAGACGGAAACCUUUGCGACCAUACCGUUAUCAAGCUUGUCAGCGAUUUCUCUUGAAGCCAGACUGGAGACGAAUGGUACGACGCAUUCAACGUCCAAGCGCAAUGAAUCUGCUGCUCUUCAGUUCUUCACGGCGAGCAGCUUAAGCAUGGACACGGAUUCGCUCUCAGUCUCCACAAUGACUGCGUCGGACAUGAACCAAACGGGCUCGACGUAUGAGAACAUUGAGAUCGAACUUGACGCCUUUAAUCAGCAUCCGUGCAUGAUUCCAUUGCUGCGCGUGUUGGUGCAGAUGAAAGCGGACUUUGGUUCUAGCUGGAGUGACAAGGCGAUGCCGGGCUGGAUGAAGAAGCUUUUUGACGUGAUCGUCGACUCGUCAACAGGUUUAAACGUGCGAUUGUUCGUGGCGAAAGUGGUGCUGAAUGUUCCGGACGUUUUUGCGACGUAUUCAUCGUCAUGGCUGCGUGCAGUGAUGGAAGCGCUUCUCGAUGCAAGCACGGCUCAAAUGGCCCCUGAAUUCAGCUAUAUCUUGCGUGACUGCUGUAAUCUUGUGGUGAACUCUUGGAAAGACGUGCCGGUAUCAUCUCUCAGCGACACAGCCAGUCGAUUUGUCAAUGAACUGGUCAAGCUUUGUCCGGAGCGGAGUAAUGUGAUUCGGAACAGUAACGUGCUGCUCGUAACCGAGUUGAUCGCUCUCUGGAAGGAUUCAGCGAAUAUUGAAGCGGGGAUGCUGGUUACCUACCUCAUCAAUGACGAUGGCGACGCAAAGAUGAAAGCUGCAAAGCAAUUCGCUGCCCUCCAGAUCAUCAGUGCGAUGCUGACUACUGGACUGGAGAGCGAGCUACUAGUUGAAGAGGCAGGACAGACCGUUGAAGACGGAAUCUUGCUGGUCAUGACGAGCAAGACGACGUCCUUGUACACUCUAGCAGCUGAGGUCGGUGGACUAUACUUACAGACUGCUGGCCACUCGGAGAGUGAAGAGUUCAUGUGCAAGCUGAGAAACCUGAUUAUCGGCUCGUACAACGACGAAGACUUUGGACGUUUCCUGGCAUUGCUCCGCAACGCUUCGCUGCACAAGUCAGAAAUCAUUGAUUCGAUGAUGCUACAGCGUCUGUCGUUCGUGCUGCCAAAGGCUAUUGCGGUGGAUACGUGGGCGUUGCUGGCGGCCGAUUCGUUGAACAAUGCGGCUGCGAACGAUAGCGUCGUGAAGGACCUAUUUGCCCAUAUGCAGUCUGUUCUUGGUCGCUUUGUAGCCCACCGACAUGCUGGAGUACAGCUCAGUACCCUCCGAGCUAUCUCACGUCUUCUGGGUCACUUGACCUUGUCAGAGCUGGAUCGUUUGAUAGCAAAUCCAUCCGACGGCGGGAUUGGCAUGCUCAAAUGUUAUGAAGGCCACGAUCUUUCCGAGUGUCGAGGACUGCUGUUUACUGUGGCCAAGAAGCUCUUCGAGAAAGAUCUCUCCGAUGAGGUGAAAUCUAGAGUUCGAGUCUCUCUGCUCCAUGGACUGUGCGAUUCAGAUGACCAGCGGAGACAAGAAGCGUUCGAGUAUUGGAAUAGCUCGGCGGCCAUCGUGAAUUCCUGUAGCGAUCGAUUGCUUUCGAUCUUUGGUCCAUUGUAUUCCUCCGAGUUCGACGACAAGUGGAUACUCUAUGCUACCAAUCUCCUUGUCGGCAUGUCGAAGGAGAGCAGUGAGUUUGAACGACCUCUUUUUGCCAGUGCACUGGGCAGUGGAGAGUACGCAGCAACGCACAUUGAUGCGAGUUGGGAGGCGAAAACGCAGUCGAUGGCACCGCUGUUUUCGGUGGAAGCUGAUUUAUUCAGUGCACGUCCAGAGACAACGCAGCAAUCUUCUAGCAGCUUAUCAUACACUGCAUCACAAGGUGAUGGGUCUCUGGGCAGUGCGAUGCAGUCGCAGUUGUUUCUCUCCAAACCAGCAUCUAUUGGAUCAACACCAAGCUACAGCCAAUCCUUUGGCGACUCGGACGCUGUUCAGCAGCGACCGGGACGAAAUCGCUUCUUUAAACGCCGUGCUGCUGCAGAGAAUCCCGCUGUGAAAGACCCGUCAAGUUAUGACAAGAAAGCCUCCAAGCGUUUCUUCCAAGACCAGUACGCUCUGUUGAAGAAGAAAGAAGAAGCGCAGGUAACUCGAGACCGGAAACAGCGUCAGGGACACGUGUCGAUGAAGAGAACAUAUCGCGUCGGUGAGUUUCCUGACAUCCAGAUUACGCAGCAAGAUAUCGUGGAUCCUAUCAUGGCGCUCUGCGAGUCCUCCGUCGAGACGUCAAGCUUGGUGUUCGGCGCACUGUUCUCAUCGAUCGUGGGCAAUUCACAGUUUGAAAAGUCCGGAAGCACAGACGAGCUGACGCGGAGGCUCGAGGAGACAUUGACACGCUCCAAAUCAUCGUCGGUAUACGUUGGAAGUAUAGUUCCAGCAUAUUUCGCCAGUAUUAUCCGACACCCGCGUCUUUGUGACGUGCUUCCUCUUCGUCCACAAACGAUCGGAGAAGCUGGGUUAUCGAGUGGGAAGUAUCAUCUCAGUGAGCUGGCACUUGAAGAACAGUUGAUUCACGAGAUUCAAGGCAAGAACGCGGACCUGGACGUAGCGUCCAAUGGAUUAGUGACAAGCUGUUGGGAUCUGCUGCACAAACUGCUGAGUACAGUGCACAAGCAUAAUUUUCUGGUAGCGCUGUCAAUGACAUGCAGUACAAGUGCCGAAUCGAAGCUCGCACUCCAAGCACAGCUAUCUGGAGACCUCCCACUCGCUAUAGCAUCAUACAAGAAGGCUCAGAGUAUAUUGGACUCGCAACUGGAAAUCCUGGAAGGCAAUAACGCCGUCGCUGUUGAGACUGAUGCUACGCGAUGUCGUUGGCAACGAUUCAACUGCUUGGAGACGUUAAACAAUUGGGACGCGCUGAAAAACGAGCUUACUGAAGCGACUCUGGAAGACAGUGAGUUUGUGUGGAAGCAGCGUCCACCGUAUCUGGAGCAAGGCGUUGGUCACUACUUGCGUUCGUGCUUGGGACUGGCAGAGGCUAAGCAAACGGAUAGCGACCUGGCCAGUCUGCAGAACUUCAUCGAAGGUGCAAUGCGUGAUUCAGCAAAGACGGAGCUUGUGCAGUCGAGGUUCCCAGUUGAGAUGUGCUUGGCCUACCUGUCAUCAGGAGACAAGAACCAAGCGCGUGUCUGUGUGGAAACAUUUUACGCGAAUUUCCUGAAGAUGUGGAGACAGACAAGUCCCAUGGCAUCGACUUCUCGCAUGCAAUUGUUACAGUCGCUGGCGUCGAUGGUGGAGAUUGACGACGUACUCUCUCGCUUCGGACGUGACUACUCUGAUGUUGACACGAGGAAGCACCCGAGUAUCACGGGGUUUAUGGAUGCGUGGAGAAGAUUCCCACCUUCAACAGGGGAGAAGGGCAUGGUGCUCUGGUCGCAACACUCUAUGGUACAGAACACCGUUGCCGGCUUUCUGCUGAAGUAUACACGAGAUCAAGGACUGCUCUCGGACGAGAUACGUCUGGCUGUUCUAGGGAGCAAGAGCAAUGCGAUGCUGCAGUACGCCAACGCGGCAAUUUCCUGCAAUAUUCUGGCGUUGGCGUCGAAGAUGCUGAAAAGCUACCGCGAGUUGUGCAACACACACCACCUCCCGAAACUGAGUGUUCAAAUGGUGGAGGCUUUCGUAUCACACGUGCUCAAGUUGGUGGAUCGACAAGAGCAUCAGGCGGACCGAAGUGGCUUCAACUCGAUUAAGCUGAUCACGAGAUAUUACGAGACGGCCACGAAGAUGUUCGACAAUGUGGAAAUCAUGAACAUGAUGGAGACUGCAGACGCAAGCGACAAAGUGGCGAUGGGUUAUUUGGAGGCAAAGGCGUUUGCGAGUGCCGCUGGGUUUUAUGCUGUCCACGACGUCGACGACAACUUGAAAGAGGAGUAUUUCUCCCGCUCAUUGGACAUGUUCAAGGUCUCUUGCCAGCGCAUUGAUGCUGUGUCUCGUAAAGAGAUGGACGACGGCGCGUCUUCUGCUUUCUUGAGAUGUCGCUUGACCUUCAUCGAGUUUCUGAACGACUUGCUUUUCAAGCGGAAAAUGGAGAAACUAGCCAAGCUCGUGGACCGGAAAGCAUUGACAAAGCUGUUGGCCGACAAUGUUUUGGGAGGAAUGGCUGCUGGAGACCGUGAAUGUGCUCACUACUUCCCGCAGUUGUGCGACGUGAUUGCACCGUACCCAGAUAUCGUGGCGGACUUUGAAGAGUGUGUUCUGUCCAAGAUUCCGCUGUGGACGUGUCUGCAGUGGUCGGCUCAGCUUAUGGCGUUGCUGAAUGGACCUAUCGGAAAGACGAUUGUUGCGAUGUUGGAAAAGAUGGCGGAGAAAUACCCAGUGGCACUCUUCUAUGACUUCAUGGUCACGUGCAGAUCUUCGCUGGACAAAUUCAAAGUGGACUUGCAUCGUCUGGAGGUGCUGCUCGCGAAUCCGGUGAUGGAAAAAUUCGUCACCGCCUUGAGAUUAAUUCAUCACCCAGAGCUACGGCUAAAGGAGGGACUACGAGAGAUCGCCAAGCUGAUUGAAGAUAACAGGACGUCAGAUGCACAAGGAAAAGUGGAGCAUCUAUGGAAGGACUGCUUCUCUCCUGAUCGACCACUACUCGGCACCCAGAUCGGACGAUACAAUCGCGAUUGGAGCCGAAAGGCUAAGCGAGAUGUGGAGAAAAUAAUGGGCAAAGACGGCUCCAAGAUGACUGCAAAAACUGUCAAUUCAGCGCGUGAAUGGGUCAUGAACCACUUCGGUGUCACACCUGGCAGAUAUGGCAUCACGAAGGACAUGAAGGCGCAUCUGGGAGACUUUGCGGAGUGGCUUGAGGAAUUUGACCAUUCGAGCUGUACACUGGAACUCCCGGGGCAGUAUACAGCAUAUUGGAGUCCUCCGGAUCCGUCGAAGCACGUGCGGAUCUUGAGCUUCGAUUCGAUGCUCGGAGUGCUAUCGUCGAAGCAGUUACCCAAGAGAUUGACGGUGCAUUGCAGCGAUGAGAAGGACUACACAUUCCUUGUAAAGGGAGGCGAAGACUUGCGUCUUGACCAGCGCAUUGAACAACUUUUCGGCGUGAUGAAUCAGAUCCUCGAUGCAGACCCGCGGUGUCGCGAUCAAAGACUCGCUCUAACGACCUACGACGUGAUCCCAAUGACACAGGAAAUCGGUCUAUUGGAGUGGGUAGACGGCACAACAACCUUGAAAGGAAUCAUUGAGGCACAGCUGCAGAUGGACGAACGCUGCGUCGACCUAAAAAGCAACAAGAGACAGAAACUGGAACUAUUUAACACGACAGCAGCAAAGGCGUACGAGUCCUUUCUACUGAAGCAACGGGGUGCAAGCUUUAGUGCCAAGGUGGUUGCUCCUCGAUCGAAGGACGUGGUGGAUCAGUUCGCCAAGGUCCAAGCGAUGAUCCCAGCAGAUUUGUUACGGCGUCAGCUACUCGGACUGGGCUCGAAUUUCGAGGCAUUCCUGCUAGUUCGAGACCACUUUCUCAAGUCCGUAGCUGUAUUCAGCGCCUGCUCGUACGUGUUGGGUAUUGGAGAUCGUCAUCUGGAUAAUUUCCUCCUUGACCUCGCGAGUGGCCGUGUCAUUGGCAUCGACUUUGGUGUAAGUUUUGGUGCUGGUGCAAGUGUUCUCCCUGUUCCCGAAUUGAUUCCGUUCCGGUACACCAGACAAAUGGACUUUGUGUUCCAGCCCUAUGACGGUGCCAAUCUACUCGCACAGGAAAUGCAAGCGGUGUUUGAUGCGUUACGCUCGAAGCGACAAGUGGUUGAAAGUGUCAUGAAUGUGUUCUUGCACGAGCCGCUACUGGAUUGGCAGCAGUCGACCACAACGCAUCAGAAGGCAUUGUUUGAAGCUGAAGACGAUGCUCCGUCUACUCUGCAGGAUAGUGAUGUGGAGAUGGAGGACGUGGAAGAGCCCCGUACGUCUCGAUCGAGCAAGAGAGUGACGCCGUCUCCAGCUGGAGGCAAUGCAACCACCGCGUGGCUACCUGAUGUCAAGAUUGCCAUUGCACGAAGGAAGCUGGAGGGUGUGUCGCCUGCCUUGCUGCUGAAGGAGGAGCUGGCCCAGAACCCCCAUCUGAAGCAACAUCUCAGUAAGUUCCACGCACUGGUUGAUACGGCCAGUAGUAAAAAGGAGGACGCUAAUGAGAUGGCGGAACUGAGCUCGCUGACGCAAGCUCAGGAGCUACUGGCAAUGGCCACGGCGCCGGAUUUGCUCGGCCGCACGUUCCAAGGAUGGAUGCCGUGGCUCUAA